AUGCAAUUCUCCCUUAGAGGCAUCUUCUUGGCUUCCCUCCUACUCGCUGCCCCUGCAUUGGCAGGCAGAAAGGGUGGAGGUGGAGGCGGAGGCGGAGGCGACGCAGAUGGCGCAGGAUCCAAACUAGAGGUGUUGGGGUUGGCAAGCGUUGUGGGCCUGGGUGUCGCAGUCGGCGGAGUGGUGGGGCUGCUCUAA